AUGAGAAAUCACAAUGAGGAGAAUCUUUCAUUUUUUGUUAUUUCAAUACGUCCACAUCUUGGACAUUCAACAGUUAUCAUUUCUUGUUCAUCUUCUCCUUCAAAAUCUUUUUCUUCUUCAUUUAUUAGUAUUCUUCUAAUUUUUCUUCUUUUACUUAAUUUUCUUAAACAUUUUGGUUGGGAAUUCUUUUGUGCAGCUAAAAUCCAUAAAAAACGGAGAGGUUGAAAAUAAAAACGAUUAUCAGUAAUUGAAUGUG